AAAAAGUUAAAACGAAUACAGAAUAGUCAAAUAAUUAAACGAUUAUUAAAAGCCGUUAAUCAAAGUUUUAAAAGAAGUCGUUAAUCAUAACAGAGAGACAUUUAAAACAUGAAAUAAAAGAAAGUAGAAAAAAAUAAAAGAGACGGUAGCGUUGCUUGGUCAUCUCGGAGCAACGUACAAGAAGAAGAUUACUGACGUGUGCUUGAUCUACUCAUUGACUUUUACCAGCCACCUUACAAAGACCCAAGACCGUCGUCUUCCUUAUUCAUUCCAUAAUCUGAUCUGAUAUCUACACACGCGGCAAAAGAGAGACAGCGACUCUGAUCGCGUAAAGACACAGCCUUUUUAUAACCAACUCUUGCCAAGUUAACAAGUUCUGUCUGAAUCUCUCUCCCUCUCUCUCUCUGAGAAACAGUUCAUAGGUCUGUCUUUACAUUGAUGGGUUGCUCCUGGUUCUCACGAAAUAAAGGAGGACCUUCUGAAGUUGAUGAUGAUGGAAUCGCAUCAAUACAAAACGUAAAGAUUUACAAAUACAAAGAGAUUCGUCUGGCUACAGAUGAUUUCAAUCCCCAUAAUAAAAUUGGAGAAGGGGGUUUUGGGUCUGUGUACAAGGGCCAUCUUAAAGAUGGAAAGAUUGCAGCAAUCAAAGUCCUUUCGGCUGAGUCAAGACAAGGUGUUAAAGAGUUUUUGACUGAGAUCAAUGUUAUAUCAGAGAUACAGCAUGAGAAUUUGGUUAAGCUUUAUGGAUGCUGUGUGGAGGGGAAUCACAGGAUUCUUGUCUACAAUUUUCUCGAGAACAAUAGUCUUGAUAAGACCCUUCUAGCUGGGGGCUACACUCAGAGUGGGAUACAGUUUGAUUGGAGAACUCGAGCCAAUAUUUGCAUUGGGGUUGCUAAAGGACUUGCCUUUCUCCACGAAGAAGUAAGGCCUCACAUUAUUCAUAGAGAUAUCAAGGCAAGUAACAUUCUACUUGACAGAAAUUUAUCCCCCAAGAUCUCUGAUUUUGGACUUGCAAGGCUUAUGCCACCCAACAUGACUCAUGUCAGCACUCGUGUCGCUGGUACAAUUGGUUAUUUAGCGCCAGAGUAUGCUGUUAGGGGACAGUUGACUCGUAAAGCAGAUAUAUACAGCUUUGGAGUCCUUCUGAUGGAGAUAGUCAGUGCAAGAAGCAACAAAAACACUCGGUUACCCACUGAAUAUCAAUAUCUCCUAGAAAGAGCUUGGGAGCUUUAUGAGCGCAAUGAGCUAGUGGAUCUGGUUGACACAGGGCUAAACGGACUCUUUGACGCAGAGGAAGCUUGCCGGUACCUAAAAAUCGGUCUUUUGUGCACGCAAGACAGUCCUAAGCUAAGACCAAACAUGUCCACAGUGGUGAAGUUGUUGACAGGGGAGAAGGAUAUAGACACAAGGAAAAUAACCAGGCCUGGUUUGAUUUCUGAUUUUAUGGACUUGAAAGUGAGAGGACCCGUGGAAACAAAGCCAGAUGAAGUGAACAAACAGAACUACACAAACCCUUCUUCUUAUGAUGCCUCGUCUAGCUCAGGGACUAGAGAUAACUCAAAUGCUUUCUCAUCAGGGGCUUCAUCAGCUGCUGCGGUUUCUUCAUUCAGCAGUACCAUUUAGAAAAAAAAAGGUGUUUGAUGUUUCUUUGUCUCAUCAUCUUCUGAGUUCUUGGAUUUGUACCAGAGGUUUUCUGUUUAGAUUUUGAAUCGAUAGCUACUGUAAGAGAAGGAGGGUUUUCUGCCCCACUCUUGUUAAGGUUGUCUUCAGUUGUAAACAAAGAUUUGAGUGUAUGUAUAUAAGUUUGAAUCUAAAUUGGUCAUAAGAAAAAAGUAUCUGAAUAAAGUAAUGAAAGAGGUCAGUGAGUUUUAGAAGUCACAUUUAGAAAUAUUACAGCUUAUUCAGAUAUUUAUGAGUCCAUUACCAUAUGGGCCACUUUUUAUCUUUCUUUUACAUCUAGGGCCACUUCUUACUUGCAAGACACAUUUUG